CUUGGGAUGAUAUUCCGAUCACGUGAUCUGCAACGCCAUCUUGGAUUAAGGCCACGAGGUUUAGUGAAGAAAAAUAAGAUUUACCGGAUUUCGUGCAAAGUCUAGGAUGCCCUCAAGUAAUCCCUUACCACCAAAAGAAAAUGCACUUUUUAAGCGUAUACUGAAGUGCUAUGAGCAAAAGCAGUACAAAAAUGGGUUAAAAUUUGCAAAACAGAUCCUGUCCAACCCAAAAUAUGCAGAGCAUGGAGAGACCCUUGCCAUGAAGGGUUUAACCCUCAACUGCAUGGGCCGUAAAGACGAAGCAUAUGAGCACGUGAGACGUGGACUACGCAACGACCUCAAGUCACACGUCUGUUGGCAUGUAUACGGUUUGCUUCAGCGUUCUGAUAAGAAGUAUGAUGAAGCCAUCAAGUGCUAUCGCAAUGCACUUAAAUGGGAAAAAGACAACAUUCAAAUCUUGAGGGAUUUAUCCCUUUUACAGAUCCAGAUGCGAGAUUUGGAAGGGUAUAGGGAUACCAGAUAUCAACUCUUUAUGUUACGUCCAACACAACGUGCAUCAUGGAUUGGUUUUGGAAUGGCAUAUCACCUUCUCCAGGAUUAUGAUACUGCAUUGAGGAUAUUAGAGGAAUUUCGUAAAACGCAGUUGAAGAGUUCUUUCGACUAUGAGCAUAGUGAACUAUUGUUAUACCAGAAUAUGGUUAUACAAGAGUCAGGAGCACUGAAGGAAGCUCUCGAUCACUUAACUCGGUACAGUGAUCAGAUCUGUGAUAAGCUUUCCAUCAAGGAAACCUUAGGAAAACUGAACUUGGAGUUGAAACGGUAUACAGAAGCGGAAGUAUAUUAUAAGGAUUUACUUAUGAGGAAUCCAGAGAAUACAAUAUAUUAUGCCAAAUUACAAGAAGCUCAGCAGCUGAUUACAGCAAAUGAGAAACUAAAAAUGUUUUCGGAAUUUCAAGAAUUGUUUCCACGAGCUCUUGCACCAAGACGACUUCCACUAACCUUUGCUACAGGUGAAGAGUUUAGGAUAUUGGUUGACAAAUAUCUAAGACAGGGUCUGCACAAAGGUGUGCCACCACUGUUUGUGGACCUUCGGUCUCUGUAUAAGGACCCAGAGAAAGUAGACAUUAUACAGAAGUUGGUCCUACAGUAUGUCGAUGCACUUCAGAAGGUUUGCAGAUUUAGUGAAGAAGAUUCAGAAAGUUUGCCAAAAGAACCUGCAUCUGCACUGCUGUGGGCUUUUUAUUAUUUAGCCCAACAUUACGAUUUCUUAGGCGAUACGGAAAGGGCCGUGUCAUACAUUGAUGCAGCAAUUGAUCAUACUCCCACAUUGAUUGAGCUAUUUGUAACCAAGGGUAGGAUAUAUAAGCAUGGUGGGGAUGCAAUGGAAGCAUACAAAUGGUUGGAUGAAGCCCAAGGGCUUGAUACUGCUGAUCGUUAUAUAAAUUCUAAAUGCGCUAAAUAUAUGCUUCGGGCAAACUUGAUCAAAGAAGCAGAAGAAACAUGUUCAAAAUUCACCAGGGAAGGUGUUUCAGCAAUGGAAAAUUUGAAUGAAAUGCAGUGUAUGUGGUUCCAAACAGAAUGUGCCUUGGCUUAUCAGAGGCUAGAAAAAUGGGGAGAAUCGUUAAAGAAAUGCCAUGAAGUAGAUCGACAUUUUUCUGAAAUUAUUGAGGAUCAGUUUGACUUCCACACGUACUGCAUGCGUAAGAUGACACUACGGUCAUAUGUGGGAUUGCUGAGGUUGGAGGAUGUUUUGCGCGCUCAUCCAUUCUACUUCAAGGCUGCCCGCUGUGCAAUUGAAGUCUACCUCAGGCUCCAUGACAAGCCACUCAAAGAUGAAACUGCAGAACAAGAAUUCAAUACAGAAAAUCUUGCCCCUUCAGAAAUAAAGAAGCUGCGCAACAAACGGCGUAAGGCCCUUCGGAAGGCCGAACUGGAACGUCAGCAGGCAGCUCAGGCUCAGGAAAAGCGAGAGCAACAUAACAAAUCACGACAGCAGGGCGACGCCGAGCCAGAUGCUCCACAGCAGAAUGAGUUAGUGCCAGAGAAACUUGCCAGGGUGGAGGAUCCAUUAGAACAAGCCAUUAGAUUUCUUCAACCUUUGCAAACUUUGGCUGGAAGAAGAAUAGAAACUCACCUUAUGGCCUUUGAAAUAUAUUCCAGAAAAAAAAAGCCGCUACUCAUGCUACAGUCAAUCAAGAGGGCGCAUCGUCUGGAUCCAGAUAGCCCAAAACUUCAUUCUUGUCUCAUUCUGUGUCAUGGCUACUUGACACGGUGGCAAGGGAAUCUAGAAGCAUCAGUGGCAACGGUUUUGAAACAGGAGAUGGAACCUAUUUUCAGAGGAAGAGACGCACGCCAAAUGAACGCAGAGUUCCUAGCAGCAAACUCGAAAUCUCUUGAGGCUCUGUUUGAAAGUGCUCGAAUGAUGUAUCAUCUUGAUCCAUCAAAACAGGAGACUGCCAUAAAAUUGGCCACUACUUUGGACAAAGAUAUUGAAGGAGUCAAUUUACAGAACUGUACAAAAGUUCUUCAGGCUCUAAGGAAUGAAGAAUUUGGUUCAUGUCCAGAGAAAGUAGCAGAGUAUGAGGCACGUUGUCACGUCCAGUUCCCCCAUGCUCAAGUCUUCCGCCCGCCAUCCGCCGUGUGUCAGUCCUCUCCCGCUGCUGAAACUAAUCACAUUUCUGAUGGCAAAGAGAACUGCAUCAAUAACUGAUGUUGGCCUUUCCCAUCUAGGUGGCCCUCACAUUAUCACUACUUUCCUAGCAUGCACAGUUCUGCCCGUGUAGGGGACGUCGAUCUGUAGCGAAACGCGAGCGAAUCCAAGUAGCUGGAAGACAAUGUGGAAAUGAACAAAAACAGUGUGAAGUUAAGUGCAUGUUGAUUCAAUGAACUGUACUUUGCAACAAGCCUAAUUAGUAAAUCAAGGAUGUAAUUUGUACCAUAACAAUUAUAGGAAUGGAAUUAUUUGAUAAGUUAACUAAAUCAUAUUGAAAUUCUGAAGGAAUCUUAAAAGAAGUUCUGAGUGAAUACUGUCAGAAAUUUAAAAUAGGCAGUUAUGUCAUAGAUGAACACACCCAACCAUAAUAUUGGUUGAUUAUGAUAUAUAUUAAGAGCAAACGUUGCAGCGUGGUUUAAAUUUCUGACAUUACAAGACAUGUAAGAAGUUUCGAAGAAGUGUGCGAGCAUUUUGUCAUAUAGUUUUGGAGGCAUCCAAAGCAUCUUGUCGUAUAAUGUGAAUUUUGUGAGGUUGCCUUAGCAGUCUCUGUAUUGAAGUGAGCAUUAUGAAAUGUUCUACAUAGCAGCAAGGUAUAUAUUAUCAAGGAAGGUAAAAAAUGUGUCGCGUAAUCAAGCGGUUUGAAGGAGUGUUUUAGUCUCGAAAAAUCAAAGAAUUGUAAGUAUAAAAUCAGUCACAGUCAAGGUGCUGUUGCUUCUCUUGUUGCCUGAGCUGUACAAAAUGUAUCAUAAUAAGACACAAGUUAACCACUGAGAACAACUGGACUCAAGUUAAUGGGAAGUAUCUACAAAGACAGUGAACUCAGAAGAUGAUGAUAAGAUAGAGUAUCGGAUGACCACUGUGUACAUCUUCUAGGUGAUCUUAACUCAGGUCAUUGGUUUUCUUGAUAAUAUUUCUGUUGUCAUUGACAGCAGAACAAAUACAGCCGAUCGUGAUCUUCUUACUGUCAAAUCAUUGUUCAAAAGACUUGAGUGCCUGUCUGUCCAUGUGCUCCUAACUCGGUGGCUGCUGGAAAUUGUCCAUCAUAGAAGCAAGUGAUGCAUAACAACAUUUGGAAAGAUUGGAACUGAAUUGCAGCAAAGAAACUGGGAGAAUUAAAUUUUUACUGAGCUCUAUCUUGUGGUAAUUUUACAAAGCCAGCCAGUUUCUGUUGCUACGCGUAUGCUGUGUCCUAGGUCACGGUAUUUUUCACGGUUCUCUUAUCUUGCAAGGAAGUGAGACAGAUCUUAGACUGCAUUAUUUCUAGAACAAGUUCCCUGUGUAAAAAUGUCUUUGGUGGCAAAAAUCACUAGAGUUUCUGUAUCAGAAAUAUCUAUUGAUAUAUAUCUGAACUUUUUGAAAUGCUGUUUAUUUUUCUAUUAACUGCCCUGCUCUUGCACCAUCUUACUCAUAUGGGCUAGUUGGCUUGAAGCUCUUUCCAUAAGGUAGAGUUCUGUGGGUCUGACUUGUGAUCUGUGUAUUUAAAGAGCAAUGCAGAUAGCAGCGACUUGUCCAUCUCAAUCUUUGUUUUUUUCUAUUCGUUGUUAAGGCAAUAUGAAAGGGAGAGAAAACAAAGACAAAGUCAUUGUACCAUAAAGCUUUUUAACACACGAAUAACUGUAGCAACACUUUGUAUGUACUUGACAAUUGUACCGGCGUCCUAUUGACAGGAAUUUGAUUCCAUUCAGAGAGUGAACAUUUCAGUGAUUCUUCCUCUCUCUGACGGUGAUGCCAUUUUGGUAUGUCACCUUAAAUGUGAUUCACAAAAAAUCAGUUUGAAGAUAAUGGAUAAUAAUCGGAUAACCCGAAGCCAUUUUCAGGUGUUGCAAUUAUGUAGUUCUUGCAUCAUCGAAAGGAAGGAAAUUUCUAUCCCCUAAUAUGAAAUCCUUCCAAAUUGAGGGGUGUUUCAUUUUGCUGUAGAGAAUUAUUAGAUUGGUAGGCAAUGUAUUGUUUGAUUUUUCUUUAACAUUAUUAUUUAUUUGAAAUGAAUGAAGUGCAUUAUAGAAAACUGAUUGUUAUUAGCAAUUUCAUUACAUGAGUGAAUGUUGAGAGGAAAUGAAACUGAUUCCAUGAAGAAACUUUACUGGAGACUGAGUUCCAUCUUGUAUCUCUUUUGCUCCAUGUUUUUUAAUGACUGUACAUUGUAUUUUAUUUCUUACUACUAAAUAAAUGUGUUUCAGGAGAUGAA